UAAUGCUCAAAUAACCACACGACACAGCCUCGUUGAACGGACCGCUUACAAUAUACGUAUAGAAUGUUACUGUCUUCUCGAGAAAUGCCUACGACAGGUGGCCCCUGACGUGGUUAUUCGUAAUAGGGUUGGUGUAUCGGGCUUCCUGCAUUACGCCAUACACCGAGCAAGUAUAUCGAAACUGUUUUUCCACGUACGGAAGUUACAGGAGAAAUGAUUAAAUUUCCAUGGCGUACGAAAGAUCAAACUGGUUGCUGCGAUCAAGGAGCAAAUUGAGACACAAUGGAAACUGGAAAACUGAAAUCUCUACACUGAUGCCACCAUUGUUGUCAUGGAUUGAUACAAGUGUUACGAACAACUGGAAUGUGUCUAUAUUGUAUAUCUGAAUGGAUACAUGGCAAUGGAUUUAGUCACUCAGUGUUUGCUGUAAACUACCACGUUUUAGAGACAUAGAAAACAAUAUUAAACCUGCAUGUCCUAAUACGGCGAUAAAACACUUUUCUGGCAACUGUAAACAAGUAACCCCAUGCUUUCAGACGUUCAUUUUUGUCCGCGUUAAAAACAAUGCAGGUAAAAUGAAUGCUUUACAAACACCAUGGCGGUAGUCAAAAUAUCCGAUAUCUGAAUUUUCUUACAAGGAGCAGAUAAAUUGGCACCAUUUAGCAAUAACAAACCAACCUUUUACAGGUAUCUUGAUUAAGGCCUGGGAUGCCUUAUGCCUAAUAUCUGAACCCAUGCUUGCUAAACAAGGACAAACAAGAUUCAAGAAUAUUAGACAGUGAUGAAUCAUGGGGUUUCUAACUUGAGGACUGUAAAAGAAAGACAGGUGUCAGUUCUUAUGGAGUCCAUAGAAGAAAGUGCUGUACAACGUCUUCGGGUUGAAUUUGUGAGGAGACUCACCGUUUCUGAUUAUGUUCUGGACUUCUUAUUACAAGAAGGGGGCAUUUCUGACCUGACAUAUGAAGACAUCAUGUCGAGGGAAACCAGACAGAGUCAAGCUACAUUGCUCAUUGACAACGUCAUCAGGAAAUCCAUUGUACCUUUAUUCAUCAAAGGACUUGAAUGUAGGAACGGUCAUCCUUAUCUUGCUAGAAAACUGAAACAGACGAUCAAAGACCUUCGUGAACAAGAGCACCCUGGCCCUAGAGCUCACAGUGAUCUUCCAUCAGCAGAUCACGUACGCUGCGAAUCUGACUUCAGUGAUGAUUCUGUUGUUCUUUCUCACAACACCAUCAGCAGUGGAACAUAUCUUCCAGAUCCAGAUGCUACCACUGUUCUUGGGUAUGUUGGGACUAUUCAGAAGGAUUGUGACAGAUGUCUUACUGACGGAGAACAAGCUGUACAUCCAGGAAAAGAACAGGCAAAAAUAGAAUACGUGGACAAUGAGGAUGGCUUUGAUAUUGAGACAGAUGCAAAAGAACCCACUGAAAACAUUGUUCAACAACCAAGAAAGGUUGCUAUUAUGGAUGGGAAAAAGAAGACUCUGACGAAGCUGCAUUAUCAUUUGAAACUGAUGUCCCAUGAUGGAAAGAAAAAGGAAUUUUCUGAUUGUGUUACAAAAUACAAAGCUCAGUAUUGCCGUGAUUCAGAUGUCAUGUUAACUCUGUUAGAUGCUGAAGUAGAGAGCCGGAGACUUGUGUAUGAUACUGACUUACAUAGAGGGAAUAUAUUUGACGAGAUGGAGAAGCUCCUGAAAACAUCGUCCCAGCCUUUAGCUGCAACAAUGAUGUUUCUCGCCCGCAAAGGAUCUGCCAGGACAAUGAAGGAAUCCCUUGCAGUGGGUAUGGAGAUGCUUGAAGAUGCCCGAGCGCUUGCUGAGAGGAUUGAACCUUGCAAAGAUACAGGGAUGGUUUUGUAUAUACAGAUAAACAUCCUUCUUCAGAUGUACGAAGUCAAUCCUCUGCUGAAUAUAAAACGGGAUAUCAUUAAUAAAAUCGACGAAGCUAUCAAUCUCCACUUUGCCGAAAGUUUGCCCUUGCUUCGGGAGGACUAUUACAGGAUGUUGUACCUGAAACUUGUGUUCUGCUAUCUUGGUAUUGGAUUGUUUGGAAACUGCAUAGAAGGCUGUGUUACUUCCGAGGAUGAUUUAAGAUCUGCUGAGGCGUGUCUAAAGAACAUAGACUCACAGCAAGAAAAGUUCGACAACAGAAGGAAGAUGUUUUACUACAUGGCAAAGUCGGUUCUAUGUCGGAAACGAGGAAAUCAGAGGGAUGCUUUGGAUUUUGCCAAUAUGGCGGAACAAAAGGCAACAUGCUGUGGAUAUGUGAAGGAGCUAGGACCAAUUCUAGAACUCAGUGGUGACCUUAAAGAGGAGGUUGAAAGUAUCGAGCUUCAACAAAGGAAUGCACGACAAUAUGAAAUUGAUAAUGAGUUAAAUGCACUGCUUUGGGAAAAUGUGUUGCAGAAAACAUCAAACCAAUGGGGUCCUGAAAUGAAAGGUUUGGGGAGAGAAGCCAAUAGAAAUUAUUGCAAACAUAUUCUUUAUUGUGCUGUAGUGGUCUUGUUAGCUUUUUGUGUUACUGUUUUCUGUUCAUAUUGAUAACAGGCAAUGGAUAUCAUUUUCCUGUGCGUAUGACACAUCAACAAAACUGCUGGUGCGAUGCGGUAGUAUGAACUUGAAGGUUCAACAAAAUAUGGCUGGAAAGAUGUUGAUACAUUACAGUCGAAGUUGCACAUGAUCAUGAAUUGGUACUUAGGACGUCUCAACCAGUGUCUGAUAUUCUGCUGUCAUUAUAGCAUCAUAACUAUAACGACCGCCUCCGUGGUGUAGUGGUUAGAGCGUCCGCCCAGAGAGCGGAAGGUCGCGGGUUCGAUCCCCGGCCGCGUCAUACCAAAAGACGUUAA